CGCGGCCGCGAACAGCCUAGGGAGGGACGCGGGCGGGGACAGAGCUCGGCGCACUCGCUGCCGGAGGGUGAUGGCCCUGCGACAUUCCACGUCCACAGACUCCGACGAAGGCGAGGAUCCACUCUCGUUUUUUUUUCGGCGGCUCUUAAUGCUCCAGAGAAUGUCCGCGGCUGCCGGGACUCCGUGCGGAAAGAGACGUUUGCUCGGCGUGGACCCAAUGACCUUUUCAAGCUGUGCGCCUCGCUGCCUGGAGCGGGUCUGAGCGGCGCGGCGCCGGCGGACCUUUCCGCGGGAGGGUGUCUCUGCUGUCACCUCUCUGGGUUUUCACGGGAGCCCCACACCCACGCGCCUCUGAGUCCUGGAAGAAAGGGGAGGCUCCCUGCGCCCCCCGGAAGCCCGGAAAAUGGGGAGCAAGGCCCUGCCGGCGCCCAUCCCUCUCCACCCGUCGCUGCAGCUCACCAACUACUCCUUCCUCCAGGCCGUGAACACCUUCCCCGCCGCCGUGGACCACCUGCAGGGCCUGUACGGGCUGAGCGCCGUGCAGACCAUGCACAUGAACCACUGGACGCUGGGGUACCCCAACGUGCACGAGAUCACCCGCUCCACCCUCACCGAGAUGGCGGCGGCGCAGGGCCUCAUGGACGCGCGCUUCCCCUUCCAGGCUCUGCCCUUCACCACUCACCUCUUCCACCCCAAGCAGGGAGCCAUCGCCCACGUCCUCCCAGCCCUGCACAAGGACCGGCCCCGCUUUGACUUUGCCAACUUGGCCGUGGCCGCCACGCAAGAGGACCCCCCGAAGAUGGGCGAGCUGACCAAGCUGAGCCCGGGGCUGGGCAGCCCCAUCUCGGGCCUCAGUAAAUUGACUCCGGACAGAAAGCCCUCCCGGGGGAGGCUGCCCUCGAAAACGAAAAAAGAGUUUAUCUGCAAGUUUUGCGGCAGACACUUUACCAAAUCCUACAACUUGCUCAUCCACGAGAGGACCCACACGGACGAGAGGCCGUACACGUGUGACAUCUGCCACAAGGCCUUCCGGCGGCAGGACCACCUGCGGGAUCACAGGUAUAUUCAUUCCAAAGAAAAGCCCUUCAAGUGUCAGGAGUGUGGGAAAGGAUUUUGUCAGUCUAGAACUCUAGCCGUUCACAAAACUUUACACAUGCAGGAAUCUCCACACAAAUGCCCCACAUGUGGAAGAACCUUUAAUCAGAGAAGUAAUCUGAAAACUCACCUUCUCACCCAUACAGACAUCAAGCCCUACAGCUGCGAGCAGUGCGGCAAAGUGUUCAGGCGAAACUGUGAUCUGCGGCGGCACAGCCUGACUCACACCCCGCGGCAGGACUUCUAGAGAAGCCCAGGAUCUGUCCCCGUGCCCCCCUGCUCCCUUCUCCCCAGACACCCCUCCACACCUCCCACCUGGGGGUUCCACCCCCCGCCCCCUGCAACCCUUCACUGACCCCAGCUCUGCCCUUGCUGCAGCCGCACCUGCAGCUCCAGGGAGUUAACUGAGCUUCUGGAGGACUGAGAACUGUAGACAGCCACACACGUACAUCCCUUCACAAAGAGCAUAUGCGAGUUCCUUGUAGAUAUGCACAGCUCAUUUUAGAGCUCUGUACAUAACGUCGUGGGUCUUGGUGUUGUUGUUCUGUUUGUUUUUGUAUCUUGUUGGAUGCACCUGGAUAUGGAAAAUGGAAGCCAAAUUUAUCUUUAAAGACUGUAUUUUCAAAAUAAAACUUUUUUCUUGUUUCAA